AUGUGCUUUUGUCCAUCUCAGGUCGAUGUGAAUACGGCUGACGUUCUUUGGGCUUUAAUAACUACUUCCGGAGGUGAGUGCGAGAGAGUGAUUACCGAACGCACAACUCAUCUGAUCUGUCCUACAACUUCGGGAGAAAAGUACCGAUUCGCGGCAGUACAUGAAAGGAUUAAGAUCGUGCUUCCUGAAUGGGUGUUCGAUUGCGCGAAAAGGAAUGAAUUGGUAGAUGAAGCGAACUAUCAUCCAAAAGAUCUGCUGGAGCCCCUCAGUGAAGAGAAAGACAGCGGUGCUGCGCAGGCAAUACAAAACCUGGCAGCGACACUGAAGCUCGAGGCACAACAGCUUGUGGAACGAAACCAACAAAAUCACUAUACCAUGAAUCAGUUUUCGGGCAACUUUGCGCAAGCGAAAGCGAACACCAUCCAGGAGCCAAGCAGCCCGCUGGUUCCUUUAGACCCAAGCAGGUUUCGGGAGCUUGUUGAGAAACAGCAGGUGGCCACACACCAGAUGCAGCAGUCGAUGAUGUUACCGAUGCAGCAACAGUCUCAGGCCAGUGUUUCACAGCAACAUCCGAGAACGAUGAAUACUGUGCGAAACUCUGGCAUGGAAAGCUACGUAGUGAUGGACUCUCAAAGCAUGGCUCCGCAGCAUUUUCAGCAGAAGGUAGUACCCCAGUACUCACCCCAAAUGCAGUCACAGCAAAGAUUUUGGUUUCCCUCCAGUCCUCAGGUGUACACUCAACGUACUCAGCAGCAGAUUCAAGUGCAGCAGCAGCAAAUCCAAGUUCAGCAGCAGAUGGUACAGUCGCAGUCUCAGCCACAGCAUUCGCCUGCUUAUGGCACACUGGUCAGAAUGCCUCAAACCGGUCAAGUGCAAAACCAGAGGGUGACAAUGAUAAGCACACCGUCGCAGAGUAUGUCGAACGACGGAUCGCUUUCUAGUCCAAGUGCUUGUCCAAGCCCGCUUGGCAGUCCUAACCAACCGAUGACCCCCCAACAGCAGCAGCACAUGUUUUCAUCCGCGGCCGUUGCUCAGCAGCAGUCGCCUGGUGUCUACUGUCACCAGGUUCCGGUUCAGUUCCAUCAACAACCGAUGAUGCAGCAGCAGCAACAACAAUAUGCAUCUCAGCAGCAGCAUUUACCUCAGUCGAAGGCUUAUCAGCAAGCGACGUCCGCUCAGCCGCCGCAUCAUGCUCCUCACCAUGUACAGAAUUUCAGGAACAACAGCCAGCCGAGACAAAACAUUAUGCUUUCAAGCGUUCCAACCGCAUCCCGUCCUAUGCAGUCCCCUUCGCAAGGCCAAAGAAUGGUCAUGCUGCCUUCGAGGUACUCGCCCAGUGGACAGAAUAAUGGCAGCUACCCUUCACCCGUAGGCAGCGCUCAACAAUCACAACAGAACAAGGGAACUGCCGUGUUCGCCAUGAACUCACAAAUGCAGCAGUCGCAGGUUUGUGCCCAACAACAGCAGCAGCAGCCGCCUCCUCAAAUGCAGAACUACGAGUUUCAGCAGAUGAACUCGAACAUGUCACAGAAUAGCGAAUCUCCUCAUUACCAUGGCAAUUCGUCGCAGAAUAAUCAGCAAAACGCGUUCCUCGCCUCAUCCAUGUCACCGUCGCCAAUGGCCCAACAAAGAUCGAAUUCACAGACAGUGCCUGCUCGAUAUGUGAACGUCACUCAUGGUAUGACGACUCAUAUCACUGCACAAUCACAGCAGCAACCUCCUCCUCAAUCGAGUUAUGGUGGCGCCAAAGGUUUACCCCCACCCAGUUAUGGUCGUGUUACCUACCAGCCUCAGGCUCAGCGUUUCACUCACCAAUCACCAGGCUGUUCCGUGCAACUUACCCAACCUCGGCAGACGAUACGACAGCAGUCGGUGCACCGACCGCAGAAAUUGCUGCAGCAGCAGCAACAACAACAACAUAAUUCUGGUUUCGAGUCGUUGCCACAGGCAUACCGAGCUGCGCCAGUAGUCCAACAACAAAAACAACAACAGGCUGGUGGAGGUCGCGGUGUCCAAACAUUUGCCAUAGGUCGUGGUAACGGUUCAGCGGGAGUCUUCAGUGCAAUCCAGCAGCAAGUCACCCUCCAGGAGCAGGCCUCCGAUGUACAGAAGAUAAAGUUUUACGGGCACGACCCAAACUUAAAUGUUCCGAGCGACUACUGUUUGGUAGGUUGUGUGUUUCUUAUCGUGGACUACGAUCGAACGCUCGACCAGAAAGAGGUUAGCGAAUGGCGCAUUGUGAUCGCGCAGCAUGGCGGAGAUGUAGAAACUCUGUACAGCAACAAAUGCACACACAUCGUGUGUGAAUCUCUCCGGCAUCCCGUGGUGCAGCAGGUAAAAUUGUGGUCUUCUUAAUC